AUGCUCUCCCAUAUACUCACUCAGUGUCCCACAAUCUAUACCAUUGGACCCCCGCAUGCAUUCCUGAAACUCAAACUUGGAUCCGAAACGACCACGUUGCAGUCUGAUCAACCUUCAAACAGCUUCUUCAAAGUGGACAUAAGCUGCAUGACGUGGCUUGACACUCAGCCAUUGCAGUCUGUAAUCUACAUGGGCUUCGGAAGCAUUGCAACAAUGACAAAGAACGAGCGGAUGGAGUUUUGGUAUGGUUUAGUUAAUAGCAAAAAGCGGUUAUUAUGGGUCAUACGGCCAGUUGUGAGUAAGGCUUGGAAGCUUAGGAUGGACAUGAAGGAUAUCUGUGAUAGAGUUAUUGUGGAAAAGAUGGUGAAUGAUCUGAUGGUAGAGAAGAGGGAGGAGUUUCUGAAAUCAACAGUUGAGAUGUCUAGGUUGGCAAGAGAAAGUGUGAGCGAAGGUGGGUCCUCUUACAGUAAUUUGGACCGUAAAAGUGUGAGCGAAGGUCAUCAAAUUCACUCUGCCACUCAACUUUCCAUAGCUGCUGAGUCAACUCCUUAG